UCAGUCAUCAGGAUUGUACUCAUCAGUGUGCAGCAUAGAGUGCGCUUCACGGAGUUGUGGAAAGAGCGUCUUGGUUUUAAAGCUGGACUGACAGAGUUGGAUACAAUGAGUCUUUCUCGGAUUUUAUAAUCUCUCCUCUGUCUGGAUUUUCAAGCAGCUGUAAAGACUGAUAACACAGCAUGUUGCCAGAAAUUAAUAACAAGACAUCACGACCAGAGGCCUUCCCUCACCCUCACAGACUCCCAGCAGAAGGCAACCGUCUUGGAACAAACCGAUCCUGCACACAGAAGUUUGGCCCUGGUGUAGGGACGCUGCCUCAGCUUGAGCCCCCAGUAGUCCAGGUGGUGGUCAGCAAUGCCAAAAACCAACACCAGCAGUCGGACAACAUCCUGCCCCAAAUUGCCAACAAAGGGGUCCAAAACAACUAUCAGACACACCUGGAUGAGAGGCCGAAGCCCACCCAGCAGUUCAGCAUGCGGUUUGGUGCAGCGAUAGAUAAAGUGUCCGUCUCUCGCAACAGCAAGAUUUUCAGCAACAAGCUGGAGAAAGAGAAGGCAUAUGAGGGUCAAAAGUUACCCAUGUCUCCCAUAGAGGCACUGAAGAACUUCAAGGAGAGGCUGACGGAGUUUGAGCAGGAGGAAAUCAUGGACUACGCAGAGAUCUGGUUCCUGGGUCUGGGCUCUCAGAAGAUCGAAGGUUCCCAAGGCACGCCGCAGAACUCUGGAUAUGAUGAUGAGCAUGGCAGCUACGUCAGGGUACUGCAUGACCACAUUGGCUACAGGUUUGAAGUGCUUGAAGUGAUUGGGAAAGGGUCCUUUGGGCAAGUCCUAAAAUGUCUGGACCACAAGAACAACGAGCUCGUAGCCAUUAAGAUGAUACGCAAUAAGAAAAGGUUUCAUCACCAAGCUCUGGUUGAGCUGAAGAUCCUGGAUGUAAUAAAAAGGAAAGACAAAGACAACCUCCACAACGUCAUCCACAUGAAGGAGUACUUUUACUUCCGAAAUCACCUCUGCAUCUCCUUUGAGCUUCUCGGGGUGAACUUGUACGAGCUCAUCAAAAAAAACAACUUCCAGGGCUUCAGUCUCGCUCUCAUCCGUCGCUUCACCCAUGCUCUCCUCAGGUGCCUGCAGAUGUUGCACAGGGAGAAAAUAAUCCACUGUGACCUCAAACCGGAGAACAUCCUUCUGUCUCAGCGCGGGCCAGGGAACAUCAAGGUCGUUGACUUUGGAUCAAGCUGUUAUGAACAACAAAGAGUGUACACUUACAUCCAGAGUCGCUUCUACCGCUCUCCAGAGGUCAUCCUGGGUCACCCCUACAGCAUGGCCAUUGACAUGUGGAGUCUGGGCUGCAUCCUUGGCGAACUCUACACAGGCUAUCCUCUCUUUCCAGGAGAGAGUGAAGUGGAGCAGAUCGCCUGCAUAAUGGAGGUUCUUGGGAUGCCUCCAAAUGAUUUUGUGCAGUCGGCAUCAAGGAGGAGGUUAUUCUUUGACUCAAAAGGAAACCCCAGGAACAUCACUAACAGCAAGGGGAAAAAGAGAAGACCAAACUCCAAGGAGCUUUCGGCUGCAUUGAAAACAAAUGACGCCUUGUUCUUAGACUUCAUCAAACGCUGCCUCACUUGGGAUCCAACCAAACGUAUGACUCCAGAUGAGGGGUUACAGCAUGAGUGGAUCCUGGAGGGUAAUUUUAACAAAGUCAGGCCAAGAGCCAGGCCAACAGUGAAGAGGGCCUCGGACAGUUCGACCAGCAAGCCUGCAGAGAAGGUCAGCUCAGAAAGCGGCACCACCGACAAGCUGAAGAGAGACAGUUCAGCACCAGGAACAAAGAUGGCCCAUGGCGAGCGCCUGCGGCCCAUCGGGGCCUCGGCGGAGGAGGAGGUGUGUGAGAAUGAGGGCAACCUCUCCACGGAUACCAAGCAGCAAGAAGGAGGUGGAGAGAGGCCCGUUCACAUCAUCAUCGAGCCUCAAGAGGGAGUGGGCACAGAGAGAAAAGAGGAUCCGUCUCAGUGUUUGCCCCCCAUCAUGUAACAGUCAAAGGGAACCGUGCUGCUGCGUUCAUGACAAAUGGGAACUGCUGUUCAUGCUCAGUGUCCCACUCCCCACCUGAGAGAGACUGAGUUAGUGCAGUGAAAGUAAAUGAACAGCUAAGAGAAAAGUUGCAUCUGUUCGGCACUACACAGACAGAUCAUCAAAAGACCCUUCAUGUUUUCAUUCACUACAAACACUGCCAUGUUGCUUCUGUGUCUACAUCACAAAACAACAUGUUAGAGAAGUUCGAAUUUCUGAGUUUUAAGUUGGAAAGCAGCUCAGGUGGUAAGAAACAAACCAGUUCCCACAUGCCGUGAACAAAAUUUUAACAUAUGCAGGGGACACAGAUCAUAAGUAAUGACGGACAUGUUCUAUUUAUUGUUUUAGGUAUACAGUCAUAGUGUAUUAUUUUCUUUUGUGGAACUUUGAGUUUGUAUGACAGUAAGGUUAACCAGUUGUAUUUUUUUUAUAAAGAAGUCAAGAUGCAGUUGUAGGCACUUUGUUCAAAUGUGUCAUAAUUGAGACACCAAACUGUCUGCCACAUAACAGUGCACAUGUUUAAUUUAGAUCAAAUGAACAAAACCCCAAUUCAUAGUACAGCAUCAACUAUUUGCUGUCAUUAUCGCCUGUAUUAUUUAUUGAACCCAAUCUUUGCUGGGCAUUGAGAUAAACGGUUAAGACCAUAAAUACUGACUUUUCUCAGUUUCCAUGUUAAAAAAACAGAGUAGGUGACUAUAAGUUGCAUGGGUAUAACAAUCAAAUCAUUGUUUUUUGCUUUUUAUUCUUUUUUCUUUAGACAUUUUAGUAUCACUUAAAUAAUGGUAAGAUAUUUAAGAAUUGUGUGCAAUAAAGGCU